AUAGAAUCCCCAAUUUAACGACCAAUGACCCAAUGAAAUGCUUAGCCUACUUGUUAAGAGGCCCAACAUAGUCUACAAGAAGGAGUAGGGUUCGCCCAGAAGCGCAAAAGCCUUACCGUCAUUCUGAAUCGAGUGCCUACAGACUUCGCCGCCGUUUCCCUUCAGGUAUCAGCGUUUAUUGUGCUCCUUUAUCACUGCUUUCUCUUUUCCUUCGCCGUCGUUGACACCCCUAAUCCGGCGUAUCUGUGUAGUCAUUGCCGAAAAAUGUCGGUCGGAGAAAUCGCUUGCACCUACGCCACUCUGAUCCUCCACGAGGAAGGCAUCCCCGUCACUGCGGAGAAGAUCGCCACGAUCGUGAAGGCGGCCGACGUUCAGGUGGAGUCCUACUGGUUUAGCCUCUUCGCCAAGCUCUGUGAGAAGAAGAACAUCGAUGACCUCAUCACGAACGUAGGUGGUGGCGGUGGUGGUGCUGCGGUUGCCGUUGCUGCCCCGUCCGCUGGUGGUGCCGCUGCCGCUGCUGCUCCUGCCGCUGAAGAGAAGAAGGAGGCCAUUGAGUCCGAGAGUGAAGAGGAAAUGGGGCUGGGAUUGUUUGAUGACUAGAGUCUAAAGUUUCUUUGAGAUGUUAGCUUUUGGUUUGCAGACAUUUUUGAUAAGUUUAUCAUACUCAUAUCUCGUAUCAAGAACUUAUGAACCCUAUUAUGGUUGAUAUUUCUAUUAAUAUCUUAGUGAAUCUAAUUUUUAAUGCCGAAAUAUGACAGUUUUCAGUUUUUCUCUGGUAAUGCAAAUCACAAAACACACUGUUGUAUAUGAUUUCUUCUGUGAUCCUCUCUUGUGGUUUGAUGAUUUUGAUUUGGGUAUCGAUAUAUUGGGU